AUGGCGGUAAAUCGCAUUCGCGGCGCCUUUGCCGUGCCUCGAAAGGGCGAAACCUUUGAGCUGCGCGCUGGCUUGGUUUCUCAGUAUGCGUACGAGCGCAAGGAGUCGAUUCAGAAGACCAUCAUGGCCAUGACGUUGGGCAAGGAUGUGUCGGCACUCUUCCCAGAUGUGCUCAAGAACAUUGCGACCGGCGAUCUAGAUCAGAAGAAGCUUGUAUACCUCUACUUGAUGAACUACGCCAAAUCGCAUCCCGAUCUUUGCAUUCUCGCCGUUAAUACAUUUGUUCAAGACUCCGAAGACCCAAAUCCGCUGAUACGAGCACUGGCAAUCCGAACAAUGGGAUGCAUCAGAGUGGACAAGAUGGUGGAUUAUAUGGAAGAGCCCCUGAGGAAGACACUGCGGGACGAAUCACCCUACGUGCGCAAAACAGCUGCCAUUUGCGUCGCCAAACUCUUCGACCUCAAUCCUCAGAUGUGCAUCGAGAACGGCUUUCUGGAGGCCCUUCAGGAGUUGAUUGGUGAUCCCAAUCCCAUGGUUGUCGCCAACUCAGUGACCGCUUUGUCUGAGAUCACCGAGACGGCGCCCGAGACGAGGGCACUGAUUGUCACGCCUGUGACGUUGAAGAAGUUGCUUAUGGCCCUUAACGAGUGUACCGAAUGGGGAAGAGUCACUAUUCUGACAACCCUGGCCAACUACUCUGCAUCAGAUCAGAAGGAGUCGGAGCACAUCUGUGAGCGUGUGGCACCUCAGUUCCAGCAUGUUAAUCCUAGUGUGGUUCUUGCUGCUGUCAAGGUUGUCUUCAUCCACAUGAAGGCUCUCAACCCUGAACUUGUGAGAUCAUACCUCAAGAAAAUGGCUCCUCCCUUGGUUACCUUGGUUGCUUCGCAGCCUGAGGUCCAAUACGUCGCUCUGCGAAACAUUGAUCUCCUGCUCCAGGCUAAACCAGACAUUCUGAGCAAGGAGAUGCGCGUCUUCUUCUGCAAAUACACUGAUCCUCCCUAUGUUAAGCUUCAAAAGUUGGAAAUCAUGGUUAGGAUAGCAAACGAGCAUAACUACGAACAGCUCCUUGCUGAGUUGAAGGAGUAUGCCCUUGAAGUCGAUAUGGAUUUCGUCCGAAGAGCCGUCAAGGCAAUUGGCCAAGUAGCCAUCAAGAUUGAGAAUGCCGCCGAGAAGUGUGUUGCAGCCCUCGAGGAUCUCAUCUCUACCAAGGUCAACUAUGUUGUCCAAGAGGUGAUUGUCGUUAUCAAGGACAUUCUGCGAAAGUACCCUGGCUACGAGGGCGUUAUUCCUACACUUUGCAAGCAUAUUGAUGAAUUGGACGAGCCCACUGCCCGCGGAUCUCUCAUCUGGAUUGUUGGAGAAUAUGCUGAGAAGAUCAACAAUGCAGACGAGAUUUUGGAGAGUUUCGUUGAGUCCUUUAUGGAAGAGUUCACGCAGACGCAACUGCAAAUAUUGACAGCGGUGGUGAAGCUGUUCUUGAAGAAGCCUGGAAGCAACCAAGGCCUUGUCCAAAAGGUUCUUCAAGCAGCGACAGCGGAGAACGAUAACCCCGAUAUCCGCGACAGGGCAUAUGUCUACUGGCGUCUUCUCUCCUCUGAUCCCGAAGUUGCUAAAAACAUUGUUCUAUCUCAAAAGCCCACGAUUACGACAACCAUGACAAGCCUUCCUCCGGCCCUUCUGGAGCAGCUCCUCACCGAACUUUCUACUCUAGCUUCUGUCUACCAUAAGCCUCCCGAGUCGUUCGUGGGUAAGGGUCGUUUCGGUGCCGAUGAGAUCCAGCGAGCAGCUAUCCAAGAACAACGACAAAACGCUGCCGAGAACCCUAUCGCUGCGUCAGUUGCUGCCGCUUCAUCCAACGGAUCUGGUGGUGCUCCUCAAAACAAUAUUGAGAAUUUGUUGGAUAUCGACUUCGAUGGCGCCGCGCCUGCAUCUCAAGAACAGAACAGUGCUUCAGCAACUCCCGAUAGAGUGGCCAGCCCAUCCGCUGGUGCGCCUUCAGGUGCCAUGGCUGAUAUGAUGAGCAUGUUUGAUGCGCCGGCGCAGGCUUCUGGAGCUCCUGCACCUGCUGCAGGUCCCAACAACAACAUGAAUGACUUGAUGAACGGUUUCGAAGGAUUGAACUUUGGUGGCUCGUCAGCAGGCGAGCCCCUACCAGCAGCAAUGCAGCUACAACAGGCCCAAGGAGGCGCUCCUCAACAGCCCAAGAAGGACAGUGACGAUUUGCUGGGUCUUUUGUAG